UGAACCGACGUCCGAAAUGGGCGAACUAUUCAGAAGCUACGCAUAUGCACGGUCAACAAAUGCAGCUUUACCUCCUUGAAGCCGCUUGCAGCACAAGAAGCGACCAGCAGCAGCACUGAACGGCCUCGGAACCAUGCCGUCAUCCCGGUCUAGCUCACCUUGUGCGGCUGAGCAGGCAAACAAGUCAGCUGAAACUCUCAUGGAUGACUUCGCAUGGUUCUUGUACAAAGAAGACCCAGAUAUCUUUCAAAACGUCCACAGAAUCAAACGACUUCUCAGUUUGGCUGAUAGACGCUUUCGGAAUGGCGACAACCUCAUGCAAUCAUUCUUCAAUCCCUGUACACACGGCAUCAAAGGUGACUGCUGGGCAUUAUCAUGUCACCACAGGUUGAACACCGUCUUAGUAUCACAUGGCAUUGAAAUGAUCGCCAGUCACGAGAACACUUUCGCUUUGCAAACUCUCGAAAAUACCGACGACAUCCUGACUAGUCCACACGAGCUCUUUUCCAUGUGCAUAUGCCUCUGGCUUUUGAGAACGCAUUGCUGCAUAAGGAAAGUAGUCAUCAACGUAGCUACUGUCGCACGCUUUUGCACUCAAUUAUUCUGGAGGCUGCUUUCACUUAACGUUGGCCAACUUGACAAAGUGGAACUAACAGGCUUGCCUACCGAUCAGAGUCAUUUCAGAGUCUUUCGACUGUUCGAAAACGCUACUGGACUUUCGGAAAUUAUCAUUGCUCAUAUAGCCCUCAGUGACAAGCAAGUUAAGCUGCUUUGCAGUGUUUUGGCACAGAAUGAAACAUUAAAUAUACUGGUGCUAAAAUAUGCUAGCAUAUCCACAAUGGCGCUGCAGGUUCUUAGCAGGGCCAUUACAAAGUACAGUCGUCCAAAAUCUUUUGAGUUACGGGAAAAAACCCUAGGUUUUGAGGGUUACGAAGCUGCUUUGGCUAGACUUUUGGACACACCUGUCGGCAAACUGUGUCUGGAGGCACCAUGCAAUUGGGUGAAACUCUUGAAGCGUCUUCAUUUUAAUACGUGCCUCUCUGAUUUGGAGAUCCUUGAUCGUGGCGCUAGUCACACAUCGCUGAAAGACCUGGCAGACGCCCUUCUCGCCAACUCAACAUUAAAGCACCUAACACUUAGCGUUAGAUUUCCUCGUACAGACGGGUGCACGUCUGGCCAGUGCCUUAAGCUCACACAAUCGAUCGACCGAAACCAACGGCGGAGAGGACUGAGAUUCACCUCGUUGAAGUUCUGCAAAGAUUGUGAGCCAAUGGUGAAAUUUGCUGACGCUAUUGCCCAGAACAAAAGUCUAAUCACACUCUCGGUGGAGGAGUGUGACCUUUCUUUAGUGAAUUUGUUUUUAAUUUUUCUUGGCCUGUCGGAUAACGACACGAUGGAGACGCUGCAUAUUGGACACUUGGUCAUGGACGAUGAGGUUAACCGCUUAAUCUUCGAGCGUAUUGUCGAGCUUGACCUAGGAGAGCGUGUAGAAUGUGUGUACGCUGUGAGAAGCGACUGGUUGCAAGCGCAGUCUUCAGGAGACUACGAAAAGAUGUGCAUUCGUAAGAUCAGAGUUCUGUACUCAUAUGAUCUGGAUGGUGACUGCUUUCUUAAUAGCAUGCACCGAUUGCGGGAAACGUUGACUGCUUUGUUGUUGCAAAACUUGCCCGACUUCUGUAUGAGCUGCACUGCAGCCCAGUGUCUAGCUGAUGUGUUUGCUAACAGUAAUUUACUACAUGCAACACUUGUACUAGACGCAGACACCAACAUUGCGGUAACAAUACUCGAAGGGUUGGCGUUAUCCAGAACAAUCUACUCCGUAGUCGUUGGAAAGAGGUGGCAGCUGUCUGGCAAAGUGGCGAUCACGUUUGGAGAAAUGCUCCGGAAGAACAGCAGCAUAGCAGACCUAACAGUCUGGCAAGAAACUCGAAGAGGAUUUGAAGAACUGAAAGCGCAGCUUCGACUGGGUGUUCAGCGUAAUUACGCCAUCAACAGGGUGCGGUUAUUGUAUGGCUCUGAGAUGAAGGAAUCGCAUGACUGGCUUCUCUUGCAGAUGUUGCGAAACAACAGGAUCGCUGUCUCCUGGGCUGCGGAUAUUAUCCGCGGAUGCAGCUCAAACGCAGCAUGUAUGUAUGCUUUUAAUCGCAUAAAGACUUGCGACAACUGCUGGAUGGUUUUGAACCAAGUUACAGGUUGCGAAAAAGAAGAGUUAAAGUUGAAGAUGGCGGAAGCCUGUAAGCGUUCAGAAAAAGAGUUGUUCCGGCUGCCGCUUGGCGUCCCUAAAGCUGCCGGAGAAACCCAAGUGACUGGUGGAACGACAGAUGCGCUGUGCACUCUCAAUACAUACUUUGUUGAGGAAUUCAAAAUAUUUGUCGAGGCACUGAAGCGUAAAAACAAGUCGAGCCAUGCUCUACAGACUUAAUUUUUGGAUGUUCCUACUAAAUUGCAGCACAUUUUGCUGAUAACCGCGGGUGUGCAAGUGACUCUGGUUUUGCCUUAAAAACCACACAGGAAACCUUGUCCACGUAUUCUGUGAUCUAAUAAUUUGCCUGCUGUCAUUACUAGAUCCAUAUUUUGAUAACCCCUAACAAUUAGACAUUUGUAGCGUUGUUCAGCGAUUUUGUUUGUUGUAUGUCUCGCUGACUUUAAAGCUUUUGCACCAUGAACUUAGCUGUGUAGUAGGCGAAUUGUGAAUAAAGCGUUACCAUUUUCUCAUUGCC